AUAGGCAAGUUAAUUCACACAAGCCCUAACCCCCACCCUCUUCCGCCCCCGCUGUUCGCCGUCAGCGAUCGCAACGGCCGCUACUUCCGCCUCUGUUACGUGGAACUCAUGACGUCGAUGUCGGUCGCUGUCGCUUCAUUUUCCUAUUUUUGUCCAAGACUUUCUUCCAGGAACCUCGUCAAGGGCCCCUCUACAGUCUUCGAGAAUGGUGGCGGAAAGUUUGGUGGGUUGCAUUGCUCGUGCAUCAAGCUGAAUGAACAGGUUUACAAUUGCAGAACAAGGCGUGUUCCCAUUAUUGAAGCGAGAAAGGGGAACCCACCUAUAAUGCCAGCAGUUAUGACCCCAGGAGGGCCUCUUGAUCUUUCAUCUAUAUUAUUCCGCAACCGCAUAAUCUUCAUAGGGCAGCCUGUGAAUUCUCAAGUAGCUCAACGUGUUAUAUCUCAACUUGUAACACUUGCAGCUGUUGAUGAGGAUGCUGAUAUUUUGAUAUAUUUGAAUUGCCCUGGUGGAAGCACUUACUCAAUAUUAGCAAUCUACGAUUGCAUGUCAUGGAUUAAGCCCAAGGUCGGAACUUUAUGCUUUGGAGUAGCUGCUAGCCAGGGAGCGCUGCUUCUUGCUGGAGGUGAAAAGGGAAUGCGUUAUGCCAUGCCAAAUGCUAGAAUUAUGAUACAUCAACCACAAUCUGGAUGUGGGGGCCAUGUGGAGGAUGUGAGAAGGCAAGUUAAGGAAGCAGUUCAAUCUCGUCAUAAAAUAGAUAAAAUGUAUGCUGCUUUUACUGGCCAAACUUUAGAGAUGGUGCAACAGUAUACCGAGCGGGAUCGCUUCUUUUCGGCCUCUGAGGCAUUGGAAUUCGGACUCAUUGAUGGGGUCUUGGAAACAGAAUACUGAUGGCAGCUCAUCUUGCGAGGAAGAUUAAAAUAGCGUGAAGUUGAUGAAUCCCUCCUUGGUUACUUCUGCCUCAUAUCAAAUUAAUUUGCAAUUGAGGUGCAAGAUUAAAGCAGAAGAUUAUUAUUGUUAUAUAAGUGGAAAAUGAUUUGAUUAGAGGAACACUGAAGCAUGAAAUUUGGUUUUUUUUUUGUAUCCUAUUUGUUUGGAUUCUCAAGUGUGCUUUUCGUAUUCCUGUUUGUUUUUUCCAUCCUUUUUCAUUCUAAAGC